CAUUCCCUCUGACCUAGCAAUAUUGUUUGUUUAGGCACAACGCAAGGGACUACUGUCGUGGCAUGAGCACUUCAGAAUAUACCGUAGAUCUGGCUACAGUGGACAGCUGCGACCAACUUGGAAUUAUCCGUCAGUUCAUCCUCAUGACCUAUGAACCAGUCUGGCACUGGAUUGGUGGUUCUGAUAUGAAUGAAGAAAGCAACUGGCACUGGGUAAACGGCGACACUGUGCCCAGCAGUGUACCCUUCUGGUAUCCUGGACACCCUUUAAUAGAUACGACUGCGAAUUGCUUGUGCUUGGAAGAAGACUACGGGUACUAUUAUGAUUACGAUUGUGAAAAUAUUGGACCCUUCCUCUGUGAGGAAGUUCCCAUAACUACAAGUUAUAAAUAAAAGAAUUCUUUAACCAAGUUUCAGUAUGCUAAAAAAAGUAUAUUAUAAUAUUGUUUUAUUUUAUACCUUCGUAUAGUUGCUCUCUUGAAAUCUAUAUAGAAAUAAAUAUGUAUAAAACUGUA